AUGGUCAAUGAGCUCUUACUCAUGCAGAUUCGGUUUGCCAAGUAUUUAAAGAGGUUUGUGCCCCUUGAGAAAUCGCUCAUUGUGAAAGCACAAGACAAGACAUUUCGUGUUGAGAAAAGGGAGAGAGAGAGGAGAAUGAAAGUGUUGAGAGGCGAAGGUGUGUUGAUCAAACCCUGUGCGGGUAAAGAUCAUCGUGAGCUUGUUGAACUGAACAAUCUGGAUCUAGUUGCAUAUCCAAUGUACAACAAGGUGCUGCAUGUUUUUGAAGCUCCGAUCCCGAGCUCAGAGGUGUUGAAGGAAACACUGGGCAAAGUUCUGGCGGAGUUCAGAGAAAGGGCAGGGAGGUACACGAAAGACACACCUAGUGGGUGCCUUGGAAUCAAUCUGAAUGACGACGGUGUGCUUGUCAUAGAAGCCCAAGCAGAUGGGACAAUAGCAGAUGCAAUGCCCUUCCACCCAUCUACAUUCCUCCUCAAGUUGGUGCCACUCACAUCCACCGUGGUCAAUGAGCUCUUACUCAUGCAGUUUACUCGAUUUACUUGUGGAGGGAUGGCGAUAGGCAUAGCUAGUCAUCAUCAUGUUGCAGACGGACAAGCAGCUACUUUUUUCUUGAAUUCGUGGGGGAAAAUUAUUAGAGGAGAGAGUAUUAUACCUCCACUCAAGUCAAAGGUAAAUGGAUCUGAUAAAUCAAGAAAACCCUAUACUACUUUUGAAAUCCUUGUUGCCUAUAUGUGGAAAAGCAUUACCAAAGCUCGAGGGCUUGAUGGAGAUGUGCAAACAAAAGCUUGCAUUUCAGUGGAUGGAAGAAAAAGGUUGAAUCCUCCCUUGCCUAAAGAAUUCUUUGGUAAUGCUGUCUAUGAUUCAAGUGCUCAAACCAGUGCAUCUGAGAUAAUAAAUAGCUCCUUAGAAUUUACUGCAGAUUUGAUCCACAAUUCAAUUACCAAAGUUGGUGAUAGUUUUAUACGUUCAGCAAUUGACUAUUUCGAGCUAAGAAAGCAAAGUUUAGGACCGGCCAGGGAUAAUGAUGGAAUUGAUGUGAUGCCAGUAAGUUGGAUGAAUUUUCCUAUGCAGAAUUUCCAUUUUGGAACGUGUGAGCCAGUGUAUGUAGGCCCUAAGGCCUUAUAA